AUAAUGCCUCGUUGCCUGACUGCGGCGCAGACGGGCGGCGUGUCUUGCGUGCUUGCCUUCCAUGUCUUGCCCGUGCAGCAGCGUGAGCGGCAGAAAGCACCGAACCAGCAAGCAAGCAAGCAAGCACGGCAAGCUCCUCGUCGAGUCCCUCCUCCCAAACAAGGCCCGCCGCCCGCCCGCGCUGCUGCUGCUGCAAAGAAAUAAUGCCGCGUCCGUCCGCAGGCCGCAGGUCGCUGGAGG